AUGGAAAAUUUUCUGCCUCGGCGAGUUCUCCAUGGGCCGAUGAAGAGAAAUGUUAAUACCAGCCUCGCCAGGCGACAAGAGGACUGCGAGCCCGCCGAUCCUGCAAACACCGUUACAGACCGUCUGAACAACCUCCUGAGGCGUGGUGGAGAUGGCUACGUGCUGCAACUUUGCCCCAAUCAAGUUUAUCUCAUCCAAGCACCCAUCGCCUUCGCGUAUCCCAACCAGGAGAUAAGCACCGCCGGAUACCCGACCGACGCUGAACGCGCUAUCCUCGCUGUUUCUGGACCUGUGGCUGACGGAAAGGGACACACGACGGCGGUGGAUGGGACUUGCAACGACUGCAAUGGUGUAAAGCUUCGCAAUAUUCAGAUUGACGGCGCACGUCGAGGCGCACGUUCGACCCAGGGUGGAGGGAACAUUGAAUUCGGUGGCGAUAACUCCGACCAACUCAUUGAAUAUGUCCGUUCCUACGACCCUAGGGGUUGGUCGUGUCUUCACGUCGCGGAAGGCCCCUUCACCUGCAAGGGCAUCACCAUUCAGAACAACGACCUUGGUCCAUGUGGAUCGGAGGAAUUUCAGGAGUGGGCCGAUGGCGUUAGCUUGAGCUGUCGUGAUAGCAUCGUCAAGAACAACUUAAUUCAAGGCGCAACGGAUGGUGGUAUCGUAGUCUUUGGCUCUCCUGGAAGCCAGAUCACAAACAACACAAUCUGGGUUCUCAAUCAAACACUCCUUGGAGGUAUCAAUAUGGUUGACUACGACCCAUGGGGUGGCGAUUACACGGGGACUGUCGUUCGGGAUAACCUCAUUCUGGGUGGAUUUGCCAACGACGAACCCGACGACAAUGUAAAAGGCAACAACCUUCAGAAUGCCAUCAUCAAGAUUGGGAUUGCCAUUGGCCCUCGCAGCUGGUUCGGAGAUAGAUUUGGGAACAAUGUCGCCCGAAACGGCGUCGUCUGGGGCAACAAAUUCUCUGGUGCAUUCAGUUAUGGAAUCGCCAUAACAUCCUCGGAGGGCUUCGUUGUGCAAGAUAAUACCAUGAUUGGGAACACCUCCUUCAUUGGCGCCCGUGGCCCUUACUGCAAAGAUGACGACAUCGUUCCGAACCCUGCACCGUUUAUUGUUGAUCUACAAACUACAAGGGCGGCUACCUUGCAAGCUGGCUUCGAGCCUAUCAAAGAUGGAGACUCUCUGACUUGCGUCCUCCCACCCAACGGUGGGGACUUCUGGCCAUUCGGUCUCAAUCCCUCCAACACUUCUGCUUCCACGUCCACUUCCACUUCCACUUCAACCAACGGGACAUCUUCGGACGCCACCACCAGUGCUGCAGCGUCUUCCAACAACUCCACUGGUAUCGCUGUCGGCAUCGUUGUUGCUCUCGUGGCCUGUGGGGUGAUAGCUUGGUUCGUUCACAAGCGAAUCGCCGCUCGGAGGGAAAAGACGCAGCUCUUCAACGCAACCAAAGGCUACAAUCAUAACAACGAAUAUACCCAGAAGAUAUCCUAA